AUGAGGACGCACACAGGGGAGAAACCCUUCCCUUGCUCAGUUUGUGGUACGACAUUCUCUCGUAAGGAACAUGUGGAGUCUCACAUGAAAAUACACGGGAGGGAGAAACCCUUUAGUUGCGCGACUUGCGGCAAAACUUUCUCCCAAAAGCCAUAUCUAAUAUCACACAUGAAAACACACACGGGGGAAAAAACCUUCAGUUGCUCGUUGUGUGGUAAAACGUUCUCUCACAAGUCGCACGUCGUAUCGCACAUGAGAACACACACGGGAGAAAAACCAUUUCAGUGCUCAACGUGCGGUAAACGAUUCGCUCACAAGUCGCACGAGGUGAAACACAUGAGGACACACACGGGGGAAAAACCCUUCCGUUGCACAGUUUGUGGUAAAACGUUCUCUCGAAAUGAUUAUAUGAGCUCACACAUGAGAGUACACACAGGAGAGAAACCUUACGGUUGCUUGUUGUGCACUAAAGCAUUCUCUCUCAAGUCACACUUGGUCACACACAUGAGAAUACACACGGGAGAAAAACCCUACAGCUGCGCAAUUUGUGGUGAAAGCUACGCACAUAAAAACAGUUUGACUGUACACAUGCGGACACAUAAGAAGGGACAGUAAAUAUUUGACAGGUGUCCUCCUCCCAUGUCCUAGCUACCAAAGCAGACUAUAUAUAAUAAUGCUUUCACUGAAUGUUGUACAUUUGAUAUUGUUAUACUUAUUACAUCAUGGCAAGAUUAAAAAUUAUAAGGAUUUAAA